CUUUUGCUCCAGUUCAUUGCAAUGACUGUGACGUUUUCUUUACUAUUGGUUUUAUGAAUAUAUUAAUUAGCCGCACGUUCACGGGCAUGUCCUGUAUAAGGCUGCGUUAACUUCAUUGUUAAGCGCGAUGCGAAAACUCGUUCCCUUUUUUUUUUUUUACUUUACUCCCUUCGUAGUACUGGUGAUGGGACCAGCGCCGUCUACGAGUCGGGACAUUUACAUAUAUAAGGGGCUUCACGACAGAUCCUACUCAGCAGUCGCACCUUCGCAGGCUCGUAUACUUCACCAUGACCGGACUUCGUGCAUGCCUUCUUCUAGCCCUGGCCAGCAGCGCCAUUGCUGGUCAAAUCCAUGGGGGCCUUAGCCACGGCAUCGGCCUUUCCGGUGUCGGCUAUUCCGGCCUUGGCUACUCUGGACUGGGCUACGGUUCCCUAGGCUACGGUUAUGGUCUCGGCUAUGGCCAAGCCGUGGGUUUCGGCAACGGCUUUGGCUACUCGGGUCUGACCGGAUACACCGUCGCUGCCCCAGCCGUGAGCCGCACCGUGUCCACCUACCACGCUGCUCCGGCCGUCGCCACCUACCACGCUGCUCCAGCUGUCGCCACCUACCAAGCUGCUCCAGUGGCUACCUACCACGCUGCUCCAGUCGUGACUAGGGUGUCUACUAUUCAGGCUGCUCCGGCUGUCGCUACUUACGCCGCUGCCCCAGUCGCCACCUACGCCGCUGCCCCAGCUGUCACCAGGGUCACUAGCUACCAGCCAGCUGUCGCCCGUGUCGCUACCUACCAGGCAGCUCCAGCUGUCACCCGUGUCGCUACCUACCAGGCCGCUCCAGCUGUCGCUACCUAUGCCGCUGCUCCAGUUGCCACCUACGCCGCUGCUCCAGUUGCCACCUACGCCGCUGCUCCAGCUGUGACUAGAGUGUCCACCAUCCACGCUGCUCCGGCUGUGGCCAGCUACCAAACCUACCAUGCCCCAGCUGUUGCCACCAUCGCUCACGCUCCAGCUGUGACAAGCUACCAGACCUACCAUGCUCCCGCUGUUGCCACUGUGGCUCACGCCCCAGCUGUCGCCAGCUACCAGACCAUCCACGCUGCCCCAGCCGUCGCCACUUACGCCCACGCUGCUCCAGUGUACGGAUACGGCGUUGGAUCGCUCGGCUACGGUGUCGGCAACUACGGCUACGGACACGGCCUUGGAAGCUAUGGCCUGAACUAUGGUUACGGCCUUGGCACCUAUGGCGACUACAGCACCCUCCUCCGCAAGAAGAAGUGUAAGUACAUACUCAUCGGUAUAAUGACUUCAAAUGCUGUCAGAACAAUCAGCUUAAUUCCCAUUGCAUCCAAAGUGUUACUAGCCGGAGGCAUGCUGUUUAGAGAAGCUUGUUUUAGAGAACGCCGUUUCACCGACCCCAGUUUAUGGAAUUAUUUCAUAGAGAAACCCAGUUUAGAGAAAAAUGGCUAUGACCCACCUUUUAGAAAAUUCAGCCGGCUCGAAGUGGCGUGUGCUGAUGAGUCAGGUGGGUUGACAUUUUCGUAAUGAGCCGCCACAGACUGUCGCCUCGAAGUGGUGUAAA